GUGAAGGUCUCUGCCUCAGCUCCUGUCAAGCCAACAUUCCAGUUAGAAUACUGGGUGGGGCUUUCAGAUCUGUAUAUAAAGGCUUCAGAACUGCAAGAUGUGCUCAGUUCAGAGUCACUACUGCUGUCUAGAGAGUCCAGGAGACACAGCACCCCUGAAGCAGAGAGCAGACUUUCUGGCAAGCAUUGUUGAGACCAGAGCAUCUGGAGAAAUACAGAUUCAUUCCAACUGUGGAAUUCAGAAACUAUCUACAAAGUUGUACGUGUUUGUCUAAGCAGUUCCAGCUACUGUUAAGGUGUUCGCACAACUGAGAUAUUAUUAGUGGGCACAGAACCUAAGCUAGUGAUGGCAUCACUUGAUAAAGAUUAUCCAUGGUCCCAAGAAGACAUUCUGAAGUUACUGGAAUGCAUCAAGAAAAAUAUCCCCUCAGAUGACUCCAGAUCAUUCAAAAAAACCCAGGAAGACCUAGACUGGGGCAAAGUGGCUUUUAAACAUUACUCAGGAAAAAUGUGCAAACAAAAGUGGAUGCAACUUUCUCAUACUUUGAGGAAGUUCCGCACACUGUCAGAAUUAGUGGUAGAAGCCAGUGAACAUAUGAAACAACAGCCCAAAAGGAAGAACCAUCCUGACUUCCCCAAAAGACCCCUGACUGCCUAUCUGCGCUUCUACAAGGAGCAGCGGGCUAAGUACUCUCGGCGCUAUCCUGAAUACAACAACUCGCAGCUGGCCAAACUCCUGGCUGAGAAAUACAAUCAGCUGCCAGGGGAGGUCAAGGAGAAAUAUAUUCAGGACUUCCGGAAGGAGAAACGGGACUUUGAAGAAAAAGUGACUAAAUUCAAGAGAAGCCAUCCUGAUGUAGAGCAUAGUAAGAAAUCUGUGGUGCGCAGGAGCCAGGAAACCAAAGUCCCUAAGAAAUCACAAGGAGGUAUGGAAAACGUGAAGUCUCCUCCAAAAACAGAUCUUCCCAAAACAUUACCCUCGGUGAUGAAAUUUCAGGGAGAACCCAAGAAACCCCCUAUGAAUGGAUACCACAAAUUUCACCAAGAUAUGUGGUCAAGUCAGGAGCUGCGCCAUCUACCCUCGAGGGAGCGCUGGGUUGAGAUUAGCAGAAGAUGGCACAAAGUCCCAAAGAGCCAGAAAGAGCAUUAUAACAGCCAGGCUGAGGAGCUACAGAAACAAUACCAGGUGGACAUGGACCUCUGGCUCAAUGGAUUGUCAUCUGAGGAGUACACCGCCUACAGAGAGGCAAAGGCCACCUAUGGUAAGCGAAAGAACUUGGCCAUGUCUGGAGGCAGAAGCCCCAAGCGUGGACGGACAGAUCAGCAGUCCGCUUCAGCAGAGGAGCAGCAAAAAGGGCCUGGGGAAAUGCAAGGGCUGCUGGCUCCUGGAACAGAUUCCUCAGAGACUGUUCAGGGCGCUGAUGGUGGCUCCCAGGUAUCCAGGCAGAAUAUGAUGGAAGAUGGAGAAGAGGAAGACUCUGGCAGCUCCCCUGAAGACUCCAGCAGCUCCUCCGAGGACUCCAGCAGCUCCUCCGAGGACUCUAGCAGCUCCCCUGAAGACUCCAGCAGCUCCUCCGAGGACUCUAGCAGCUCCUCGGAGGACUCUAGCAGUACAGAUGAACGUGAAGAUGAAGAUGAAGAUGGCUGCGAGGUGGAGGCACAAGCCCCUGAUCCCAGCACUGACGAGGUAGAGAGAAAUUACGCUACAAAGGACAAUAUUGGUGAGAGACUAGCAACCGUCAGAGCUGUUGCCACGUAA